AUGUCUCACCUCCCACCAGCACCGAAAGAUAUCAGCACGCAUCCCGCCAAGGGAAGUGUGGUCGACCCGGUCGACAAGGCUGCGAAGGAUGCUGAUGUAGAUCGCAAGAUACGCCUCUACACCGUUUUACAAGCCUUCCGCGCUGGAAAGCUGCCAUCGAAUGCGCAGAUCGACCGCGCGCUUGCGUAUUUGCUUUCCUCUGACGCUUUAUCCUCUUCCUCUUCGCAUGCUCCCACCACCGCUACCACCACCACUGGAGGCGGGCAUACCACCACGACUGCCUCCGUAAACGCAAAGUCUCUCUCGCCACAAGGACGCCGCCUCAUUCAAGACCUCAAAGAAAUAAUCAGUACCGCGCGCUUGAUGAUUGCUGAGAAAAACGCAGAUGAGCUUGUACAGGACUUUGUAUGGCACACGCGCGGGGCGGCCACUGCGUCCCAAGGCGAGAACGGUGGGAUGGGAAUGGGAGGGGCGUUGAAGGAUAAGAUCCCUGUGGAUAGGGAGAAGGUUGAUCAGGAUUCUGAAAUGGCGGUCAAACACCUCCGCACACUCCUAACUCUCAUCCUAUCCAACUCGGAAGUCCGAAAACUCCUAGGCGACUUUUCAGUAAUAGGCCGCGACCUCCUCGCGCGCGCUGCAUCCAACGCAUCGCAAGCUAUCGCACCUCCCCGCGAAGCACUCGAGAGAGUCGACGAGACCGCGCCGAAUGACCAGUUCAUAACUGAGGGUGGGCGCGUCGCAGCUCCAGGGGAGACACCCGUGUUGAAGACGGAGAUGCCUGGUGGUGUGAAGAUCCGCGCGGACCCGCAUGAUGAUGCGCAUGGAGGGGCGCGUGUGCAUACGUCUGAUCACCCUGAGGGUAAACCCGUCGGUGAGGUGUACGACCAGGCGCAGAGUUUCAAGGAACAGGCGCGGAGCGGUGCAAUGGAUGCUGCUUCGCAGGCUGUAAGAGACCCGACCAAGAGAGAGGAAAUGGCUGGGAAAGGGAAGGAGAUGGCUGGCGAGGCGAGCAAGAGGCGAGAUGAGGGUAUGCGGGAGGUGAAGGGUCACGUUGGGGAUGUGCAGGAGAGUGAAGAUCCGGAUAUGGAGGUUGAGAAGAAGAAGGGGGGUGUUAUGGGUAAGAUGCGUGCGAUGAGGGAUAACAUCAAUGAGCGUAUCCCGGAUAAACACAAGGAUGCAGUGUCGAAUCGGUACGAGCGUGGACGUCAAUUUUUGAACGAGGAGUAUUUCCCGGAGGAGAGGCGGGAUCAAUUUAUCUUCAGAGGGAAGAAGGUUAUUAUAGAAUGUCAGAAACACGACGAUUAUCAAGAGUCAAUCAAGUGGUUGCUUGGGUUUGUUGAGGAGUACGUGAGGCAUGGGAAGAGUGUUGCGGGCCCUGGAGGGGUGUUGCAUCAACACGUCGGUACCGCUGCGAAGCAAUCCAAUCUCGACCUGUGCAUAGCCGAACUCCGCACGAUCCUCGAACGAUUCGCGAAUGGCGUACAAUUCGACAUCGUCACUUCCUCUUUGGAUGCACUGAUCGACGACGCAAGGCGGGACCCCGCUCUUCGCGAAUGGUUCAGCGCGCUGAAUUUGUAUGUAAGGAAGGUGUUGCUUGAGCCGGGGUAUGUGCUUGAGCCGGCGUGUAAUUCCCAUGCGAGGAAGUUGAGGGAUAUUGGGAGGGAGUUCUACGAUGGCAAGUACAAGGGCCACUUUGAUGCGUUGUUUGAUAGUGUUGGAAGGUGGUUUGGUGCUAUGGGCGAGGAUCCGAUUAAUAAACAGUUUGGACAGGAUUGGGCGAGACUUACGAAGGAUUUGUUGUUUGAUAGCGAGGGAAGUUUGAAGUUCAAACCUGAGCUUUGGAAUGAUAUCCGCAAGGUUAUCCUGCCGGGGUUGAUUGACCAGAUCGGAUAUAUCCCCAUCCCGCGCGUCGAGUACACGGACGACGCGCUGGAUCUUGUCGUUGAGAAUCUGACCCUGCAAGGAAGGAAUUUGUUGCCGAAUAUGGUAUCGUUUGAAGCGAACAAUUAUGUGGCGUUCUCUCCUUAUAAUGCGAUAAAGGAGGAGAACCAUCAUCGUGUGAGGGUGCAUCUAGAGCAGAUUCAGGCGGACAUGCGCGACGUUGCCUUUUAUUAUAAGAAGAAGACUGGUAUACCCAAGAUGAAAGAUUCAGGGUUGGCAGAUGUUGUCAUUGGCGGAGAAGGACUUUCCGCAAUGAUAGAGCUUGUCUCAACACCCUCUUCAGACCGCACAUCCGUCUUCAAAGUGCAUGACAUCAAAGUGAAACUCGACACGCUCAAAUUUGCGAUCCGAGACUCGAACCAUGAUUUCCUGUACAAGACGCUUAGGCCGCUCGCGACGGGGUUGAUCAAGAAGCAGGUGCAGAGGGCUGUGGCGGAUGCUUUGAGGACUGGGCUGGAGUAUCUUGAUGGGCGGCUUGUGGUUGUUAGAGAUAGGAUGGAGGAUAUAAAGGGGGAAGAAGGGGAGGGGAGGGUAGAUGUUUUAAAGGAUCUCUUUGCGAGAAAGAAGGACGAAGCGGCCUCGCUCACGUCUUCAGCAAAAGAGAGGGAGUCGGCGUCGCAGUUCAAGAUUGUAGCCGAUAAGCGCAAUUCGAUUUUAGCUGACCAGGGAAAUCCUGCUGGAUGGGUGAAUCGGGCUGAAGAGAGGAAGGAAAUGGUUGGGAAGGGUGUGGAUGGGUGGAGGAGCGAUGCGUUCCAUGUUGUGGAUAAUACAGCGGGCGUCAAGCAUUUGAAUGCCAAGUAG